CAUGUAAGUAACCGGUAAACACAGAACUCCGCUCGAAACACGCACAACGGAGGUGAGAAAGACAGACGUCCAGACAGAACUGCGUUGUUCAGCGCGUCUACUAAGCACAAGCAAGCAACAGCAGCAAGAGGUCACCAUGACCGACAGGAAGGCUGUCAUAAAGAAUGCCGACAUGUCAGAGGACAUGCAGCAGGAUGCUGUGGACUGUGCCACUCAGGCCAUGGAGAAAUACAACAUUGAGAAGGACAUCGCUGCUUACAUCAAGAAGGAGUUUGACAAGAAGUACAACCCCACGUGGCAUUGCAUUGUGGGUAGAAACUUUGGCAGCUACGUGACACAUGAAACCAAACACUUCAUCUACUUCUACCUGGGCCAGGUGGCCAUCCUGCUCUUCAAGUCUGGUUGAACCCCUACACCUUAACCACUACUCCCUAACCACUUGACAUCUACCUGGGUCAUCCUCCAGCUCUCUCUCCUCCCGUCUCCACUGACCGAGGAAGGCCGCUACUCCUCCCCUGGAUUGUGAUACAUUGAUGGUUGUGGCCACACACACAUUGACGAGUUCUAGAUGAUUCUCCAUUGUGUCUGUGGGGUGCUGCAUGGGCCAUGUACAUGGUGUGUAUCUGUUGCAGUAUAAUUAACAUGAUGGGAUACACCCUGUCCCUAUACACUAUUCCUUAUGUAGUGCACUACUUUUGACCAGGGCCCAUAGGGAAUGGGGGGGCAUUUGGGACACAACUAUUGACUACAAGUGUAUAUUUUGCAGUAUGAGAAAAUUGCUACUCAUAGAGUUGCUGAAGGCCUACAAAGUAGAGAUUAUGUUAAAAUGCGUUUUUUUGGUUUUUCUUUGCACUGCUGUAUAAAAUGCUUUGACUGUUGGUUCAUAAAGAUUUGUUCAACACUA